AUGAAGACGUGCAAGUUCUUCCGUCAGGGCACAUGCCGUAACGGCAACAAAUGCCGUUUCUCACACGAGACUUUUGGCAAUAACGAUGGCAAUUGUAAUCGUAACACUGGCGGCGGUUUUGGAUCACAGUCACAGUCUCCGUUUGGCAAGAAUGAGAACACUUUGUCGACUACGCAAGGCGUCACGAUGACUGAAUCUGGACGGACGCUGACAAUUGAGGAACUUCAGCACCCGCCGAUCUGGCCACUUUCUGGCUUUGCAGUUUUUAAAGGUCUGCCAAGUAUUGUGACAGGUGAUGUCAGCUGUGAAGAAGCUCGUUGGGAAGCAUACCAAGAGCUGAAAGCUUCUGGGAAUUGUAUACAGUCUAUGCAGAAGUUUCAGGCACUGGCAGCGGAGAAGCAGACGCAGCGACAACGUGUCAUAUGGCUGCUUGAGAACCGCCAGUCGGCACAAAAGCUGUUCAAUGGAGAGACACUGUCGGAAGUAGAAGGUAUGGGCGUAAAGAGUGCAACAUCUAACCCGUUUGGAGGUGGGACAGCUACUAGUCCCUUUGGAGGGACAUCGUCGUCGUUUGGUGGAACAACAACAGUGGCAAAUCCGUUUGGCUGUGGUGCUGCUGCUCCUGCUCCUGCAUCUUCUCCGUUUGGGAACUCUGCUUCACCAGCAGCUAGUUUCUUUGGUGGAAGUAAUAGCACAGCGUUUGGAGGAACUGUUGCUAGCCCGUUUGGAGGUGGUAGCUGUACAACGACUUUUCGUUCUCCGUCAGUAGUGGGAGCAGGAAGUGGCGCAGGAUUUGGUGGGAGUGCGGUGGCCAAUCCAUUCAAAGGUGCUGCUGCUACAUCUGCGCCGUCUCCAUUCGGUAAUCCAGCGACACCUACUUUUGGAGGAGCAGCAACACCGUCAUCGUCUCCGUUUGGUGGAGUGGUCUCGGCCACAGCCUCACCAUUUGGAAUUGGAUCUUCAGUGCCUACUUCGGCUUUUAGUGGAAGCGGCACUGGCUCAGGAUUUACCGGGGUCGGUGGGGAUGCAGCAAAACCAGCAGCUUCGCCAUUUGUCGGCGGGACAGUAACGCCAGCGUCCUCACCGUUUGGUGGUAAUGCAACAGCACCGACUUCCUCACCAUUUGGGGCACCUUCGGUCACUACGCCUUUUGGUGGCAUCUCGGGAGCAACAUCUCGUCCCAACGCUUUCGGCGAUGCCGCGUCUUCCAUCAAUGCUACGGCCAAACCGUUUGGCGAGUCUUCAUCAGGAACUGGUUUAUCAUCCAACAGCACUACAGAGGCCACUAAUCCGUUCGGUGCGUCCGCAUCAUCCAGCACAACCACCCCAUCCGCAUUUUCGGCGCCAUCAAGUAGUCUCUUCGGUGCUUCAACAAGCGCCAUCAGUGCAACGGGACGGUUUGGAAACUCGACAACGAGUAAUUCAUCUUUGUUUGGCGGAUCAUCAGUAUUGACCACGGCUACUCCGCCGCCUCCAUCGACCCCAGCAAUCAGUGGUCCUCCCCCUGAGGCUCGCGACGACGCAUGGAAUGCAGAGCAAUUUCAGCAAGCGGAGUUCUCGUUGGGUAUGGUGCCCACUGUACCGCCUCCACCACAGUUCUGCUGA